GUAGGUACUCCGAGUUCAAGGUAGGUAGGUAAACUUUCAAGCAAUCUAGGUACAUAUGUACCACCUCUACCUAGUUCUAGUAAGUACUACUACUUGGAGCAUUGACUGUACCCGACAGCCCACCAAGAUGGGGCAGAAUACAAGCUCCAGCCAUUCAGACGCCCAGCCCAGCCUCAGCUCGACGCCCACACAUCAAUCCAUCUCGACCAUCCGUCCCGUCUGAAGCUUCACUCGAGUCCCCACAAUUUCAUCUCACGAUACUUCCCUACUCCAAAUCCGCAACGUCACACGAGGACUCGGAAGGAGUCAACUUGUAUACUCAUAUCCAUUUCUUCGGUCACUUUUCUGUUCUCUUUUUGGAUAUCUCGCUCAAAAGAACUACCCGACUUUCAAGAUGAUGGGUGGACACCAUGACCUGGAUGCGCACGAGCAGCCGUCGGAUGAGCUGCGGCUCAAGUGGAAGUCGUUCGCCAAAGUCGACCAGAAAAUCGUCAUGAACAGCCCCGAGAUCGAUGACUUGCGCAGUCCCGAAAAAGCCCCCGAGUUUGUGCUCGCUGGCUCCAUUCCUACCGAGACUUUGAACAGGUCCUUCAGCUAUAUCUGCCCCGAAGACUCACCAGAGUUCCGCACAGACAAGGACGCCCCCAUCUAUUACCAUCCUCUCUUGCCUGGUCUCUUGAUUCUCCCAAACCUCAUUCCCCCCGAGGUCCAAAAGACGCUACUGCGCAACAUCAUUCACCGCGAUCUCAACCAACCCCAUCACCAGACCAACAUGCAUCUCCAUUUCAAGCUCCCCUACCCGCCCGUGGAUCCCGAAACAGGCCUUCAGGAAUCCUUCUUCUCCUACCCUCCAGAUUCCGAGACGUGUUUUGAGCCAAAGGACCCUUCUGUACACAAGCCUCUCACUUUUCAACAAGUCUUCAACCGCAAGCUACACUGGGUCACCCUAGGUGGACAGUAUGACUGGACGAAUCGCGUUUACCCGGGCGAGCUGCCCCCCGAGUUUCCCAAAGACAUUGCCGGCCUUUUGGAGACCCUGUUUCCCGAGACUCAGGCCCAAGCGGCCAUUGUCAAUUUCUACACCCCCGGCGAUACCAUGAUGAUGCACCGCGAUGUGUCAGAAGAGACCGACAAAGGCCUGGUCAGCUUGAGUAUAGGCUGUGAUUCGCUCUUCAUGAUUUGUCCCGAGGACUGGGGCAAGGUGUCGGAAGACGAAAAGCAAAAGGGAUCCGCAGAAAAUGAAAGUGGCAAGAGCGACAAGAAGUUCUUGCUGCUAAGGCUACGGUCUGGCGAUAUCAUUUACAUGACUAAGGAGUCCAGGUUUGCCUGGCAUGGUGUACCCAAAAUCUUCAAGGGCACCUGUCCCGAGUGGCUGGAGGAUUGGCCCGCCGAAGAUGGAAAGUAUGAGGCUUGGAGGGGCUGGAUGAAGAACAAGCGCAUCAAUAUUAAUGUUAGGCAGAUGAGGGACUGAGCCGAAGAACGCCACUAUCUUCAACCACAUGUUCAGUCAACAGAAUGCCAAGUGGACAAAGGCCGUCAUAAAGCCAUGGCCGUCACCAUCCCACUUUUGAACUGUCUAUGUCUCGUUUUCCAGGACACUUUGUUUCCCCUUUUACCACUCGCCAUUAGAGUUUUCCUGAGACCAAGUUUACUGCCCAUACCUUGAAACCAUGAAAUGACAAGCGUCCAUGACUAGAGGUUGUGUGUGCUCGCUUAUCACAUUUGUCCACUUAUGUAAUCUUUCAUCAUCACAAACAUAUCAACAUGUCACGCGGCAGAGAUCUGGGGAUUUCCCCAUUAUCAAGGUUGAUUCUGGUUUUGCUAUGAGGUAAAAACGAGCUGAAUCACAACAUGCUCGAUGAAGCGGCGGACGCAAAGCGUACUCAGCGGACAUAAGGGCUUGGGCGAUGGAUUGGAUCAUCAUCCUUGAUAUUCAUGACGAACUCAUUUUAGACAGCAACACCGUUUAUCAAGUGAUAC